UGAACGAAGCGGCGGUGACACGUUCGCCUGGAAAGGACUGCGUGCGGAGGAACAUCUUCAUCAUUUUCAUUUUCCGAGAAUAAGAGAGCGCAAAGCGCGCGAGGCACGUUUCAUGUGCUUAUCCCGUUACUGCGGGACCGCUGCGUGUGUCGUGUGCUGCGUGUUUACUGCACAUCAUAAUACUACUGAUCAUCAUCGUCAUCGUCAUCAUCAUCAUAAGGUCCGCGCGGUCCUUUUUUUCGUCUCGAGGUGUUUUUUCGUUUUUUCUUCUUUUCUUCUUCCCUUUUUCCUCCCUCUUUGCCGCGACGCGCGCGCGGGGGGUUCGCGAGCCCGCCCGGCACAUAGCAUCUUAUUAAUUUUUAAUCUUUAUGCAUCCGCAAGAAGAAGGAGCGAACGAGGAGCAAAGAGCGGAUAAGCAGAGCGGCGGCGGGGAACGGAGCGCCUUCAGCAUCAUCAGCAUCAUCAGCAUCAUCAGCAGCAGCAUCAGCACCGGGAGCAGCGGCAGGAGGAGGUGGAGGAGGACGGAGGAGGAGGAGGAGGAUGAUGAUGAGGAAGGAGACACGCCGCGCGUCCUAGCAAGGAGACGGAGAAGGAGACCGGCGGGAGCGAGGUUCUCCCUUCUGCAGGAGGCGUGAGAGGAGGAGCCAAUCAGAACACAGACCACGCCCUCCUGGCAAAACCACCCCCCCACCCCAACCUUCAGCAUGGCGCUGUCACUCUGGUUCCUUUGGACCUGCAUCGUGACACUUGGCAACAUCGCCCCCUCUGCUCAAGCUCUGAGCCGCUCGGCGAUGCCCUUCGGCCUCCUGCGGAGGGAGCUGGCGUGCGAAGGUUACCCCAUCGAGCUGCGCUGCCCCGGGAGCGACGUCAUCAUGAUCGAGACGGCCAACUACGGGCGCACGGACGACAAGAUCUGCGACGCGGACCCCUUCCAGAUGGAGAACGUGCAGUGCUACCUCCCCGAUGCCUUCAAGAUCAUGUCGCAGAGGUGCAACAACCGCACGCAGUGUGUGGUGGUCGCCGGGUCCGACGUCUUCCCGGACCCGUGUCCCGGCACCUACAAGUACCUGGAGAUCCAGUACGAGUGUGUCCCCUACAAAGUGGACCAAAAAGUCUUUGUGUGUCCUGGGACCCUCAGAAGGAUUCAGCAGGCAAGUUCCGUCCAGGAGGCGGAGCACCAGUCCGGGGCCUGGUGCAAGGACCCGCUGCAGUCGGGGGACCGGCUGUACGUCAUGCCCUGGACUCCUUACCGUACGGACAUGCUCUAUGAGUAUGCGUCCUGGGACGACUUCCGGCAGAACCGCGCCACCACCACCUACAAGCUGCCAAACAGGGUGGACGGCACUGGGUUUGUGGUCUACGACGGCGCCGUGUUCUACAACAAAGAGCGCACGCGCAACAUCGUCAAGUAUGACCUGCGCACACGCAUCAAGAGUGGCGAGGCGAUCAUCGCCAACGCAAACUAUCACGACACGUCGCCCUACCGCUGGGGCGGCAAGUCGGACAUCGAUCUGGCUGUGGACGAGAACGGCCUGUGGGUCAUCUACGCCACCGAGUCCAACAAUGGCCGCUUAGUAGUCAGCCAGGUGAACCCAUACACUCUGCGCUUCGAGGGAACCUGGGAGACGACUUUUGACAAACGCCUGGCCUCCAACGCCUUCAUGGCUUGCGGCGUGCUGUACGCCGUGCGCUCCGUCUACCAGGACGACGACAGCGAGGCAGGCGGGGACCUCAUCCUGUACGCGUACAACACGAACCGCGGUCGAGAGGAGCCCGUGCACAUCCCCUUCCCCAACCCCUACCAGUACGUGUCCUCCAUCGACUACAACCCUCGCGACAACCAGCUCUACGUGUGGAACAACUACUAUGUGCUGCGCUACCCGCUGGAGUUCAGCCCACCGGACCCCACCACUGACCCUCUGACUACCACCCAGGUGACGAGCACCGCCGCCGCCAGGCCCUUCACAGCCACCAUGGGCCACCCUCCGAGCCCCACCACGGCCCGCCCGCUGCCCCCCACCUCUCACCCCAUCGGGGCCAUCAACAAGGGACCCGACGUGCGGCCCAUCACGGCCAUGGUGCCCGUGACCCGGCGGCCGCCUCGCCCUCUGCCCGGGGCAGAGCUGCACACCUGCGAGGGCAGGGUGGCUCGGGGGGUCCAAUGGCCCCCCACCCAGAGAGGAGAGAUGGUGGAGAGACCCUGUCCCAAGGGCUCACUGGGCAUCGCCUCGUACCAGUGUCUGUUGUCUCCAGUCAUGUGGAGCACUCGAGGGCCCGAUCUCAGCAACUGCACAUCUCCGUGGGUCAGUCAGGUGGCUCAGAAGAUCAAGAGCGGUGAGAAUGCGGCCAACAUCGCAGGCGAGCUGGUGAACCACACCCGGGGGCGCAUCCAUGCCGGGGACGUGAGCUCAUCCGUGCGGCUCAUGGAGCAGCUGCUCGACAUCCUGGAUGCGCAACUGCAGGCGCUGCGGCCCGGCAACAAAGAGUCGGUCGCCCGUAACUACAACAAGCUGCAGAAGAGGGAGCGCAACUGUCGAGCGUACAUCCAGGCCGUUGUCCAGACAGUGGACAACCUUCUCCGACCAGAGGCUCUUGAGUCAUGGAAGGACAUGAACAGCACGGAGCAAGCGCACACAGCCACCAUGCUGCUGGAUGUCAUGGAGAAGGGUGCCUUCCUGCUGGCCAACAACCUGUAUGAUAGCCGCUUCACAGACCAUGCCGCCAACAUCGGUGAGGCUGUCGGAGUGUCCGUGUACCUGGAGGUGUAUGUGCUCAACACAGAGAUGGAGCUCCAGGAUCUCUCCUUCCCACAGUCCUACACCAGUGAGAGCACCAUUCGACUCUCUGCUUCCACCAUCAAGCAGUACAGCCGCAAUGGUCAGGUGAAGGUGGUCUUUGUGCUCUACAAGAACCUUGGCUCCUUCUUGUCUACGGAAAACGCCACAGUCAAGAUGGAGGUGGAGCCAGGUUCCGGGGGGCAGGGCCUGGCCGUCAACUCGCACGUCAUCGCCGCGUCCAUCAACAAGGAGUCCAGCCGCGUGUUUCUCACAGAGCCCGUGGUCUUCACGCUGAGACACCUGCAGCUGGAGAAUCACUUCAACCCAAACUGCUCGUUCUGGAACUAUUCCGAACGCUCCAUGAUGGGCCAGUGGUCGUCCCAGGGCUGCAAGCUGCUGGACACCAACAGUACCCACACGACCUGCUCCUGCAGCCACCUGACCAACUUCGCUGUGCUCAUGGCUCAUCGCGAGCUUGCUAACCCGGACCACAUGCACAAGCUCAUCCUGUUCGUCAUCACCUGGGUGGGCAUCGUCGUCUCCUUGGUAUGUCUGGCUAUCUGCAUCUCCACCUUCUGCUGCCUGCGGGGCCUGCAGACUGACCGCAAUACCAUCCACAAGAACUUGUGCAUCAGCCUCUUCAUCGCGGAGCUCCUCUUCCUCGUCGGUAUCGACAAGACCGAGUAUCACAUCGCCUGCCCCGUCUUUGCUGGCCUGCUUCAUUUCUUCUUCCUGGCGGCAUUCUCCUGGAUGUGCCUGGAGGGCGUGCAGCUCUACCUGAUGCUGGUGGAGGUCUUUGAGAGCGAGUACUCCCGCAAGAAGUACUACUACCUGUGUGGCUACUGCUUCCCGGCGCUCGUGGUGGGCAUCUCAGCUGCCAUCGACUACCGCAGCUACGGCACCAAGAAAGCGUGUUGGCUGCGAGUGGACAACUACUUCAUCUGGAGCUUCAUCGGACCCGUGUCCUUCGUCAUCAUGCUGAACCUGGUGUUCCUCAUGAUUACGCUGCACAAGAUGGUCCGCAGCUCUUCUGCACUCAAGCCAGACUCAAGUCGCCAUGACAACAUUAAGUCCUGGGCUCUGGGGGCUGUAGCCCUGCUUUUUCUCCUGGGUCUCACAUGGGCAUUCGGCCUCCUCUUCAUCAACGAGAACACCGUGAUCAUGGCCUACCUCUUCACCACCUUCAAUGCCUUCCAGGGCAUGUUCAUCUUCAUCUUCCACUGUGCGCUGCAGAAGAAGGUGCACAAGGAGUACAGUAAGUGUCUGCGCCAUUCCUACUGCUGCAGCCGCUCUUCCGCUGGCAGCUCCCACGGCUCGCUGAAGACCUCGGCUCUGCGGACGAACAACCGCUACUACAGCGGCAGUCAGGCGCGCCACACCUCGGCGCACAGACAAAGCCGCAUACGGCGGAUGUGGAACGACACGGUGCGCAAGCAGACGGAGUCCUCCUUCAUGGCCGGAGACAUCAACAGCACCCCCUCCCUUAAUCGUGCAACUAUGGGGAACCACCUUCUGACCAAUCCCGUGCUGCAAACACGCUCUGGCACCUCCCCCUACAACACCCUACUGGCCGAGAGUUUCAAUCCGCCCUCACCAGGCGUCUUCAAUUCCACCGGGACCUUCAGGGACCCAAAGGGAACCCUGCCGAAAUCCCGAGAUGCCGGCGGUAUGGAGAGUCUGCCUCUGAACGGAAACUUCAACAACAGCUACUCCCUACGCAGCACGGGUGCUAAUGCUUCCGGGGGUGGGGCCUGUGAUUUGCUGGGAGCCGGGGUCGGAAGUGUGGACAGCCCGCCUCCCUUGCUGAACCCUCGAGGGAUGGAGAACGUGGGAGGGCCGGGGGUCCGGCGCAACCUCUCUGAUGCGGCCGCGUUCGAGAAGAUGAUCAUCUCGGAACUGGUGCACAACAACCUGAGGGGCAGCGGUGCAGGAGGUCUGGAGAGGUGCGGCAGCCUGGCACGACCCCAGGGUCACACGGCAGGUGGGACCGAGCCAAGCGGGGCCGACGAGCAGGAGCCCCGUCCAUCGCGGGAUGUGGAGAGGCUGUACAAGGCGCUGGAGGAGCCCCUGUUACUGCAGCGCGCCCAGUCUGUACUGUACCAGAGUGACCCCGAGGAGUCCGAGAGUUACACCGCCGACCUGACGGAGAGCCUGGAGGCCGACGGGGGCGGGGCUCGCUCACCUGCCCGGGACUCACUGUACACGGGCGGCACCAACCUGCGGGACUCGCCGUACCCUGACAGCAGCCCUGAGCCACUGGAGGUGGCUCCACGCUCCGCCCAACCGCCUGAGGAGCUCUAUUACAGCUCAGGCCGUCCUGCGCUGGGCUCGCGAGGUGCCCCCAUGCAGACCUUCUACCAGGCCCCCCCCCGGAGGCCUAGCGGGGAGGCCUACUUGCCGCCAGUGGGGCUGGACCCCCCCCACCGCGAGGGUGACGGGCAGAUGCAGCUCGUGACCAGUCUGUGACUAGGACGGUGGUGAGCGUGCCGGCAAGGAGGAGAACGCAGACGAAGACUCGACAAUACCGACGAUCUCGGAAGAGGUCGAGCCGCGUCCCUCCCUCCUCCUCGUGUCUCCACGCUCGCCUCCAUGUCCUCCUUCUGGCUUGUCUCAGCGGAGCAAGCAGAGCCACCGUCGGAAACAGCAUGCACCUCACACUCACCUCUGCAGAGUUCUGCUGCUCUGCAGACGGCGGUCGUCGCGCUCGUCUUCUGGCAAGGGGCUGCUAAAGGGUCUGGAAGGGCACGUGGCCCGAGAUGCUGCUUGCUGACUUGCCAACGGCUGUCACCGACCUCAUAUCCUCGUCUGUCGCCUCGACGGCUCACAUCUCACCUCUGACACGUUACUCAGGCUAUCCCAGCCGAGGCCCUCGCUUACACUAUCCACAGCAAGAGUUCUCGCCAUCAGCUUACUCCAGAGUGUUCCAGGGUCUUGCUCCGAAAUGUGUCCGAUGCUCCCACACAACAAGGUCACUAGCCUCACCGUGGCUUGACUCAUCUCAAGACUGAACCUCAGAAAGUGAGGUAAGGCAAAGCACGUUCCACAGCCACGCUUUGCCCGAAAAACACAUCUCAUUAACCUACACCCUUCCACCCUUCCUGGCUCCGCUGGCUCCGCUGGCUCCUCCUCAUCCCCCCUCAUCCUUCCUGCUUGCCUGAACCUGCAGCCUCCAGCAGCUGCCUGCUUCCAUCCACAUGUGAGAGCAAAUUGUCCACCACCGAAUUCUGGAAAGCUCUGAAAUGUUGCCAAAAAAGGACUGAUGAGAGGAAACCAGAAUCGAACUCACAGUUCUCCCCAGUUGUACAUGCGCACGCACAGACACAGACACACACAUACACACAUUUGAGUGCUGCGCAGGAUGCAGACUGACGUAGGACAAAAAGAAGCACUUGGAAGCUUGUGGUUGGGGUUGGGGGUCACCCUCGUGUUUCCAGCUGCUGUCUGCUCCUCAUCCAUGGGUGGUUUCUCGUGGGGGGCCGAUGAGGAGCAAAGGUCAGAGGCUGAAGGUGUAACAGUCACUGCUGUCACAAAGGCAGCGUGAAACUGACCAUCGCAAACCUGCUGGACCAUGAGAUGGAUAUGGCACCGCCCCCCCACAAAGGAAAUCCUGCAAACUCUUCACCUCGAACUGACUUUCACAGCUGUGUGUGGAGACUGUUGCCUGCUGUCUCGGCUCACGUCAGCAGUACAGGAUGGCGACAGGCAGCACUGCCACACAUCCUUGUAAAUAGACUUGAAGCGCUUAGCAGCAAAGACUGGGAAAAAUGUGAAGUCCUAUUUCUUGUACAACAACAAAAAGAAUUUAAAAAAAAAAAGUGUUGGGUUUCGUGGCCUGAAUGAGACGCGUGUCCCUUGAUAUUUUCAACGCUGCGCAAUGAAAGAUGUGGCGGGAAGAAGGGACCUUUUUUUGCAUACGAUACAGUAAAAACAAUUUUAAUGGCAAUGUUGAAAAGAACACACCUUCCUGGCACAAUUUUUAUGUCAUGUAAUCUAUUACAUGUUGUUAACUUUUGACCUUUGACAUUCCCAGACAGGAAGUGCUCAGCAGUGUAUCGGUAGAGUGUGGGUGGGAGGGUGCAAUGUGCACUCGGGGCUUUCAGCAGCAGCAGUGCAUUGUGGUCCUCAACAGCUUAUUCUGAAAUGCACUGGGGCUUUUCUUGGCUCAGUUGCUCCCGUCAUCUCGUCGAGUUGCCCCAAGUCAACGCUGGCGUUAUGUGGUCAAGCGGACUGAACCGCUGCUGAAUGACAGCGCCACCAUGAGCGUGUGCACGAGCACCGUGUGGGUCCCAGUGAAGCGUCAUCAUUUGCAUGAAUACAGCGCUUUGUCUGGGAAAUAAAAAAAGCUGAACAAUAGAAUUGUGUGUGUAGAAAAAUGUGUUUGCUUUUAUACUCUGAACGUAUCAGACUAUUUACUGAAUAUUUAUUUACUAGUUGCUCUUUUUAUUUAUUUAUGCGUAUUUGUUAUGUUAAACCUUUUUUGUAAACUAUUUUUAAAUAUGUUAGCUAAAAGAAGGUGACGCGAAAUACAGAACGAGUGAAUGUGACUUGUGAAGUGGUCUAGUCACUGAGAAUCGGAGGGUUACCGUGGUAACAGCACAGUCCAUGAGAGAGAUGCCAUGAUGAUAUCAGUCAGUGAGGACGAUACCAUGAUAAUAACGCAGUCAGUGAUGGCAGUACCAUGGUAAUAACACCAUCCGUGAGGGCAGUACCAUGGUAAUAGCACAGUUUACCAUUACAACUUGUGUGUCGGGCACCUUUUAAACGUUCAAAAGUGUGACCCAACUUCCUGGUGCUUCUCUCACUGUUGUGUUACUUCUCCCACCGGAAGCAACACAACAGUGUCAAAUGGAACGUAUACACACACACACACACACACACACACAAGUGCAAGCGUUUGCCAACAGCCGUGUUUGUUGAGGCACAGAGAAAACACACGUUGUUGAACGCAUGCUGCUGCAGCUGUGUGCUGACAUUCAGAGGUGUGUCUUUGAGUCACCUGAAGGCCACACACACCCACCCACAUGUGUCCACGCACACAGAUACCGAGGUGACGGACACUGCGGUGCCUUUUCCAAAUAAGAACCUUGCGGCAGAUUGUGAGCAGAGUUUUAGCUCUUACGCUUCACCGAGGAACACACUGCACACAAGACGUUUACCACAUCUGACAGACGUGCUCGGUCACUUGGCCCCUCCCACCGUGAGGAUUCAGAAGGCAAGGGGGGUUUAGAACACAGGGCUCAGCAACAUCAAAACGGAUUUUGUGCCAUUGAGGUUAUAUGUUCAAACCAUUUAGCCCUGCAAUUUUAUACACUCAGCUGAUCAGUUUAUGGAGGAUUAAAGUCCACUUCCUGUUUUGUUUUUUUUAUUUGUUUUUUUUUUUUUUUUAUCUUUUUUCCUAUUGUAUAACAGCUGUUUGGGCCAAAGGGAAUAGUUUUAUCUAAUCGUGAGUAUGAACGCAGGUUUCUACCAACUCUGUAUCAACACAUAUUAAUA